AGCAAGCCUGGGUCGGGGCGGACCCGAGUCCGCGUGUGUAAGCUGCCGGAAAUGACGCACUGCCCUGCUGGCGGUGCGGAAGUGGUGAUGGCGGAGCUAUACGUGAAGCCGGGCAACAAGGAGCGCGGCUGGAACGACCCGCCGCAGUUCUCAUACGGGCUGCAGACCCAGACUGGUGGACCCAAGCGCACGCCGCUAACCAAGAGGGUCGCCGCGCCCCAGGAUGGAUUCCCCAGAGUCCCUUCUUCAGAGACUUCUUCUGGGCUUUCUCCAAUGGGGCCUCCACCUCCUUCAAGUAAGGUUUCCAGGCCUCCACUUGUGGGGAGUUGUCCUGCCUCCGAUGUGGAGCCCACAAGUGUCCCAAUCAUAGAGUCUGAGGCUGUGAUGGAGGAUGUGCUGAGACCUCUGGAACAGGCAUUGGAGGACUGCCGGGGCCAUACAAGGAAGCAGGUAUGUGAUGACAUCAGCCGGCGCCUGGCACUGCUUCAGGAACAGUGGGCUGGAGGGAAGUUGUCAAUGCCUGUAAAGAAGAGGAUGGCACUACUGGUUCAAGAACUUUCAAGCCACCAGUGGGAUGCAGCAGAUGACAUCCACCGCUCACUCAUGGUUGACCAUGUGACUGAGGUCAGUCAGUGGAUGGUAGGAGUUAAAAGAUUAAUUGCAGAAAAGAGAAGUCUGUCUUCUGAGGAAGAGACCAAGGAAGAGAAAUCUGCAGCUACAACUAAGGAGGACCAGGCUAUACCAGGCUUCCAACAGGCUCCAUAAUCCUUGGGGCUCUCUAGACUCACCUCACACCAUCUCUGUGUCUUGGUGUGGGAGGGCUUUCUCUUACUUGACUCCCUUUUAUCACCAGGGAGAUUUUGUCCUGUUGGGCCUGACCCAAGAUCCUACCUGGGCUACAGGGAGGUUACUUAUAAGCAUUUCAAUAAAAACAUAUCAGUGGUAGGCACUGCGUAGGAGAGAUGAGCCCUUCCUGUGCCAAACUCAUCCCUUCUGGUGUUGACUGUCCCAAUACCCUGCAAACCUCUGCUGUCCUUUAUCAUGAAAGGCCAGAUUGCUGCCUGCCACUUUUCUCAAAAUUAGACUGAAAAGCACUAUCACCUGCUAUGUGGAGAACAGAUUCAAAUAGCAUGGGGACAUUUUUCCCUCAAGAAAAGGAAAGACUCUUCUUUUUGCACUAUAUCAGCUUUGAGAUAUACAUAUGUGUGUGUGUACACACACACACACACACACUUACUUUACAGAAAUUAGAACCAGGGAGUUUCUCCUGUGUAAGUUGAAGAAAAAAAAAGACCAUAUUACUAAGAUUUAUGAUCAUGACUCACCAAGCAAGUUGGUGCCACAUUUUUUGAUUUCACUGUGAAACCUAAAGUCUCUUUUAACCCUCAAUAAACAGAGUUGGUAGGAUAGUAGGUUUGAGUAUUGGAAUGGGGAUUGAUAUUCACAGGUAGGAAAAAAGGCAAGGGGAGACUAGAGAUGGCUAUAAGCUGGGAUAGUAACUCUCUUUUGGGAGUUCUUCUUAGGAAUGGACAGAGGCACUGCUAGGGAGGCCUAGUUCCAAGAAAAUGCUUCCUGGAAAGAAAGGAACAGCCCUUGGCAAGGACCAGGCUAUUGCGGAUUAUGGUUUGGCAACUCCUAUAGCUUGCCUUAAGCUCUAAUUGCUGUUGGAAGCAGGC